AUGACUGAUAGGAAACGAUGUAUUGAAAUGAAUACCUUAUACUAUGUAUUGAAGUGUAUCGUAAAGCAAAUGCAAAGCAAUUGUAUUGUGGAAACUGGAUGUGAGAUUAUCUGCAAUUCAUGUUCAGCCCAGUUAUGGGCAAUUACACACUCAGAAGAGACCAGUAACCAAGUGAUAGAUCCGCGACACAAGAAUUCAAUAACUGGUCGACAAUAUAAUGAGAUUAAUGUAAAUUUACGUAAAAAACAGCGAAGACUUGUCAGAGAAAAUCCUGGAGUUUUGAAAGCAUUGGCCAAAGCAAAGAAAAUGGCUAUAAAUGAGUGUCAAAACCAAUUCAAAGAUCGGCGUUGGAAUUGUCCGACAACUGAUUACAUGAAAGGCAAAAGCAUUUUCGGUAAAAUUGUCCAAAAAGGUUGUAGAGAGACGGCAUUCAUCUAUGCCAUAACCAGUGCGGCCGUAACCCAUGCAAUCGCCAGGGCCUGCAGUGAAGGUUUGAUCGAGACGUGUACCUGUGAUUACAGGAAUAACCGUCGACCGAAUGGUCUGGACUGGGAGUGGGGCGGGUGUUCCGAUAACAUAGAGUUCGGCUAUAAGUUUGCCCGAGCUUUUGUCGACGCAGCUGAGAGGGGACGGGAUCUUAGGUUUAUUAUGAAUCUACACAACAACGAAGCCGGACGACUGCACGUAUCCAAUGAAAUGAGACGGGAAUGCAAAUGUCAUGGUAUGAGUGGGUCGUGCACUGUUAGGACCUGUUGGAUGCGUUUGCCGUCAUUCAAAGAUAUCGGCAAUAAUCUAAAAGACAAGUUUGACGGCGCGUCUCGAGUAAUGGUCAGUAAUGAUUACAGAGGAUUGACUCGAAAGAAAUAUAAGAAAGUUCAGCUCAAACCAUAUGAAACAGGAUAUAAAAGUCCGACGCGAAAGGAUUUAAUAUAUUUUGAAGAAUCGCCUGAUUUUUGUAUUAAUAAUCAAAAGUAUGGCGUUUUAGGCACUAAAGGAAGGGUUUGUAACGACACUUCCAUUGGAGUGGAAGGAUGUGAUCUGUUAUGUUGUGGUCGAGGAUAUAAAACUGAGAUCCGAGAGGAACUGGAGCGCUGUAACUGCACUUUCCAUUGGUGUUGUCAGGUGAAGUGCAACAUAUGUAAGACUAGGAAAACAGUUCACACGUGUUUGUGAUACUCUAUGUUGUGUUUGUCCUCAAAGUAAUUACAUAUUAUGUAAAACUAAAUUA